GCGCUGGAAUCGGUCGCUGAGACCUGCAGUGGUGAUCGGGCACCUAGCCACGACUUGCCGGGACGAGCGAAAGGAAGCCUAAUCAUCUAGGGGAUGAUGCUUUGAUUGUUGGUACACGGCGUAAACCUGCUGGGACGUUGCCCGUGUGUUUGUCUCUUUGUGUGUACAGGACUAAAGAGCGUCACAGAAACCAGCCGUGCGACAAUUGCCACAUGUUCUGCUUGUCUGCGACAAUGACGGAAGGCAGUAUUCUGGAUAAAUACUCGGAAAGACAAAUCAGAGAGCUCCGUGAAGCGUUUGCAUUAUUUGACCGCGAUGGGGACGGUUCUAUCUCGACAGACGAACUGGGCACUGUUAUGAGAAACCUGGGCCAGUUUCCAAACACGGAGGAGCUGAGGGAAAUGAUUAAAGAGAUAGACAUAGACGGUGAUGGGACAUUUUCAUUUGAGGAGUUCGUGCAGGUGAUGGCUAACAUGGGCGGAAUCAGCGAGAACACAGAGGAAGAUGAGGAGGAGGAGCUGCGGCAAGCAUUCAGGGUGUUUGACAAAACUGGAUGUGGUUACAUCACUUCCUCUGACCUGAGAGCUGUGUUACAGUGCAUGGGCGAAGAUCUGUCGGAAGAUGAAAUUGACGAAAUGAUAAAUGAAGUGGAUAUCGACGGUGACGGGAGAAUUGACUUUGAUGAGUUUAUUGCAUGCAUGAAGGAGGAUCAGAAGGACGAUGAGAAAGGAGAAGAAGCCAGUACUGAUUUCUAGCAUACACCAGCCACCAUUACCCGGUUCAUCUUCAGUUUGUAGUACAGCACACAAUGCCAGCAUCAUAGCAUCAUUCAACACCUCAAAAUUUAGACAUGAAAAAACAAAUAUGUGUCAAAAACUGCAAUGAAAAAAACCACCAAAAAAACCCCAAACAAUAUUCUGUGCGAUUCGUGUUUGUCGAAGUCACCAGUUCAGGGUCAUCAAAUGAUCGCUUCUUAUGCAUCACUCAUGUUCUUGUAAAUCGAUAAUACGUUCAACUGGUCGAUGGAAUGGAUGUUUAACCACAAUGUAACAGGAAAUAUUUCGAUUUUAUCUAAAUAUUACAUUUGUGUGGAUAUAUUAAAACAGUAUGACACAUGCACACACACACACAUUUUCUUGAUUAAAUAGAAAUUAUGUUAGUGUCAAGAUACAUGUAUUUAUAUUUUUAUUUGAUUAUUCAUUAUUUUAAUUUUCGAUGAUAUUACGAACAAUAAUUGUACUAUGUAUUGACAAAAGGUUCUUGGAUUUAGAAUAAAGGAAUAAAACGAU